AUGCCAAGCUGGACAAACGUAUUCUUCGUGCUCUGCAGCGUCCUGUCACCUGCUCUCUGCUGUGACUGGGUCAGCAGUCGCUUUGGUCACCUCAGUGGCCAAUCCAUGGAUCUCAUCCUGCAAAUGGGCGGUCCACUGACAAAGGACGAGUGUCCAGUUCCCUUUCCAGACAAACUCUACACUGCAAUAUGCAAGGCUCAGGUGGACUCUCAGCUGGUUUUCGUCAGAGACAGUCUGAAGCUGAUUUCACAUCUCUAUUACCAUGAUAACCUCACAGCAGUUUCCUGGGAUAACAGAAAAUUGGAGGACUUCCGAUCAAUCAUCCACAGACAAGUAGAAGAGCUGAACGUUUGUGUGUCGCCUGGCGAACAAAUGGACAGAAAACUGAGAAAUUACUACAGGAGGUUAACUCAAAGCACACUGGGCCGCACUGGUGGCAGUGCCGCGUCCUGGGAGCUGAUCAGAGAGGUAACCAAACGCCACCUGGAUCGCCUGGAUGUGAUGAUGAACUUCAUCAAAGAGUCGUUUGCCAACAGGAGGCGCAAUACUGGACAGCAUCACUGA